UGCCGGUCAACGAGCGCCGCGUUUCAACUUGCUUCCUGUUGAUAAGAUGUCUCGAACUUCGUCAACAUUUGGAAAACAGGCCGGAUUACGGUCAUCCGUGAGAUCUUUGGGAGGGUCUAGCAUAAACAUGUCGAGAAUAUCUCAACCUCUUGGAUCUCAAGGUCCUGCUGUUUAUGAUUGGAGCCGGAAACUUAGAUCAAGGAGUCCAUCUCCUUCAAGACUUUCAAAUACUGAGUCAAAAGGUGCUUAUUUAACGGAUGUACCCUCUCGUGCAUCCAGCAUGCUCAAGAGAGACAGUUCUGUGAACAACUCUCUUCGGAAGAGCACAGGGAACUUGGCAGCAGGCUUUUCUGGAAAGAUGGACAAGAGCCACAGUAACCUAACUGGUAUUGAAGCUGAGUACAUCAAGAAUCUCCAGCAACAGAUCUACUUCCUGGAACUCGAGGCCAACUAUCUAAGAAACCAGGCGAAGAAGGCAACAGACAUGCAUCCUAAAAUGACUGCUGAAGCUGAACAAAUGCUCACCAAACUGAGGCAAAUGCAGUCAGACAUGGAUGGUAUGCACUCGCAGAUGAGGCAGAAAGAGUCGGGGAUGGCCAUGGCUUAUGCUGAGAGGGAGAAAUUUGAAGAACAACACAUGGCUGAUAGAGACACAUGGCAGCGAGAAAAGCGAUUGCUGACAGAUGAGAUUAUCACCUUCAAGAAGGAGAAGGAUCGAUGCCAGAGAGAGGUGUCUCGGAAGGACACACAGCUUCUGGAGGCGAGGUCGGAAAUAGAUAAAAGUGCUUCUGCCAUAAAGAAUGCAGAGCUUCAGAUCACCACUCUGAGGAGCCAGCUGGAUCAGCGAAUAGAGCAGCACAAGCUGACACAGCUCAACCUGGAGGAGAAGAGAUCUGAGCUGCUGACGGUAGAGACACAGCUCAGGGAGCUGGAAGAGAAGUACUACAGCAGCACAGUCACAAUACAGGACAAGGUCACACAGGACCUCAGGGAAGAGAUCCGCUACCUGAGACAGAAGCUGAAGGAGACAGAGCUGGCGGCACAGAAAGAUCGCUACCUGAGAGAUAAGGUGUCAGAGGACAGCUCCCAUCUGGUGAAGGAGAACGCCAUGCUCAAUCAGCAGAACUCCGAGAUACACAAACAGAUUGAAAGGGAACGUGGCUUGAGGGAAAGCAAUGACCAACGCCAUCAUGAGAAUAUUGCGGAACUUGUGAAUAGUCGCGACAAGGAGAAACAACAACAGUUUGAAAUUGAACAGCUACGGGAACAACUGCGACGAGAGUCUGAAAAGGGUCAGCAUUACUUGGAAGAGCUCACAAAGAAAGAAACAAUACACAGCAGCACCGAGCAUCAGCUGAGCUCUGUCCACAGCCGUGUAGGAGAGCUGGAAGGCAUGCAAGUGGCUACUGAUGCAGAGAACACCCAGCUGAGACGAGACAAGUUGCUCCUUGUGGACCAUGUGGCGGACCUUCAGACCAAGCUGGAGACGAAGGACCGGGAGGUGUUGCAGCUGCAGCACGAACUCGUAUCAGUGGAAGCGCGUCUCAACGAGUUUGAAAACGAGAAUGACCUCGAGCAUACUGUACAGAGUCAGAAGUGGGAGGAGUUUGGGCGGCUAGCCGAGAGUAUGCGAACACUGUCUCACUCCAUGGCGGCACAGUCCGUCACCCCUCACUCCAGUACCAAGAUACUCCGAUACUGAAGCUCAGCACACAUCGACACAGAGCACAAUAUUACUCUGCCAUCUAUUAAAGUAUAGUCUGUAUGAAGAGUUUUCGCAAUGUUAUGCAU